AUGGCGUUCGCCUUGCAGAGGACCCUCUUGCGGGGAUUACUCAGCGUUGUAGUUGCCGUCUCUCUUCUGAUGCCAUGCGCUGCUGCUGCUCGUGCUGAUGAGCACCUGCCAUCGUCGCAUCAUGAGAACACCACCAUGACUGACCUUUUCCGAAAUCAAGCACUUCUCCGCAACAGUGUCAUGGACUAUAAGGUUGACACCCGAGCCAGCUCUGGUGAUAAUGGCGGAGGAGGCGGGGGUGGCGGUAAUGGAGGUUUUGGAUGGGGGUGGGGUCGUGGUGGUGGCGGUGGGGGAGGAGGAGGUGGGGGUGGUAACGGCGGCGGCGGUGGAGGUGGCGGCAAUGAUGGAGGCGGCGGCGGCGGCGGCAAGGGUAGUGGUGGUGGUAGUGGCAGAGGCAGAGGCGGUAGCGGCAGCAGCAUUGGUGGCGGAGGUGGUGGCGGCGGAAGCGGAAGCCGUGGUGGUAGUGGAAGCGGCGGUGACAAUGGCCACGGAGGAGCUGGAAGCGGGAGCGGAGGUGGUAAAGGUAGUGGCAGCGGCGGUAGCAGUGGUGGAGGAGGUGGAGGAUGCGGAAAUGGUGGUGGCAGUGGCAAUGGCCGUGGGGGAGCUGGAAGCGGCAGCGGUGGCAUCAGCGGUGGAGGAAGCGGAAUUGGUGGUGGCAGUGGCAACGGCUGCGGAGGUGGUAAACGUGGUGGCAGUGGCGGCAGCGAUGGUGGAGGAAGCGGCAGUGGUGCUGGUGGAGGUAAUGGUACUGGUGGUGGAGUUGGUAACGUAAAAGGAGUAAACAAAGGGCACGGGAAAGGAAAAGGCGGUGGCGAUGGAAAAUGUGGUAGAGGUCAUCAUGGGAAAAGAGGUGGCGUUGGCCAUCGAAAAGGCAGCAUCGGCGGUGCUGCCACUCGAGGCGGCAGUCGCGGAGGAACCAUUACAGAGGGAAGGGAAGACUAAAACCACAGUAGCAUUAAUUGCUUCAACAAGCAGUGAUAGCCUCCCUCGUCUUACCAUCAUAUCACGACGAUAUCGCCAUUAACUGCUGCAGCCAAAGCUUCGUUCGAUUCGCAAACCGGAAGUCAUGCGAUUUGUUUUCUCGUGUGGUAGUGCGUUGCUUUCUUCGUUGUCUGUUGUAGUGUGGGUUGCAACCAUGUUAACGCUCCUAAUCCAAGCAUGCAUAGAGACGUGGAGUCUUUAAAACCA